AAGACGAUUGUUUUUCAAGAAAAAUUAACCAAAAAUGGAGCAUCAUUACCGAUAAUCGAUUUUCUUGAUAUCAUCACCAUUAGUGUUUAUCACUUACUUACCUACCUACUUACCCCAAAACCACGAAGGAAGGCGAAUGGAUUGCGAAUGAAUGAGUCAGUGAGUAAUCAAUCGAUUGAUUAUUAGCCGAAUCCAAAUCCAAGAGUGAGUGAGUGAAAUGCGGUUGAAGAUGCUACUAGCUAUUGCUAGCUGUGAAUGAGAGCGACGCGCAAAUGCUUUUAAUUGCUCUGCUUUCCCCUCCCGAGGCCCACAGAUUACACGCACUCAACAGCUCAUGAGAAGGAAAAAGAUUUCAAAUUCGCGACCAGCAACGGAGAACAACCAGGUACCAAUUACCGUUACGUUGCCGUGGAUUCACCAAAUAAAAACAAAAAUCGGUGAUGUUCUUAUCUGUGGGUGGAGUUGCGUGUUGGAUUGACUGUUGGAUUGUUGGUUUAACAAGGAAUUGUUUCAUUGCUGUCUGGAGUGAGGGAGAAGGAAUGCUUAACUGUUGGCUCGUUUAGCAGUUGAAUCUCUGUUUUGUUGUUGUUGUAUUUAUCGUGAUCGAUUCUUUGUUCUUGUAAUUUGUAAAGUAUGUGUUGGAUUUGGGAUUGUUGAGUUGAAUUUGGUAGGGGUUUGAUUUGGAGAUCAAAGUUUUUGGGGUUGAAAUAAAUUCUUUGAAGAGGAAGGUAAGGGUUAAGACAUGGCUUGCUGUUUUCGAUUGCGGAGGAAGGAUGUUCGGGAUUGCGACGAAGAUAUUGAUCCAAGAUCCAGUCAUGUUUCAGACGGUAGGAAGCCAAAGUCGAAUGCAAAUAAGAAAUCGAAUGCAAGUAAGAGAGCAAAGCUGAGGAAGGGAGGGUCGGAGAGGGCGGAAAGAAAUUCGCCGAAGGGGAAGAUUGCGCAAAGCUUCACAUUCAAGGAACUUGCGACGGUAACGCAGAAUUUCAAGGAGGCUAAUCUCAUCGGCGAAGGUGGUUUUGGUAGCGUUUACAGAGGUCGACUCGGAUCCGGAUUGGUUGUUGCGGUGAAACAGCUGAAUCUCGAGGGACAUCAAGGGCAUCAAGAAUUCAUAAUGGAGGUUCUUAUGCUGAGUUUGCUGCACCAUCCUAACCUUGUCCCGUUCGUUGGUUAUUGCGCCGAGGGAGAUCAGAGGCUCCUCGUUUACGAGUAUAUGCCGAUGGGCAGCUUGGAGAAUCAUCUAUUCGAUUUGGGGUCGAACAAGAAGGCAUUGAGUUGGAGCACGCGGCUGAAGAUUGCUGCCGGCGCUGCCCGAGGCCUCGAACAUCUUCACUGCAAAGCAAAUCCCCCGGUCAUUUACCGCGAUCUCAAGUCUUCGAACAUUUUGCUAGACAACGACUUCAAUGUGAAGCUGUCUGAUUUCGGGCUCGCCAAGUUAGGACCUGUUGGGGACAACACUCAUGUCUCGACCCGAGUGAUGGGAACUUACGGAUACUGCGCUCCCGAAUACGCCAUGAGCGGCAAACUGACCCUCAAGUCCGACAUCUACAGCUUUGGCGUGGUUCUGUUGGAGCUGAUCACCGGACGCCAAGCCAUUGACACCAGUAAGGCACCGGGAGAGCAGAAUCUCGUCGCAUGGUCGCGUCCUUUUCUGAAGGACCGUAGGAAGUUUGUCCAGAUGUUGGAUCCUCGGCUGGAAGGACACUACUCGGUGCGGAGUCUGCACCACGCGAUUGCGAUAGCGGCGAUGUGUCUUCAGGAACAGGCGAGCUUCCGUCCCAUGAUCAGCGACGUCGUCAUGGCGCUUGAAUACUUGGCUUCACAGGCGGAGGAGUCUCAGGACCACCACAGGAGAAGAUCUCACUCGCGGACGUCGUCGUCACAGACCCAUCUCGACGUCGAAAUCGACGGUAAUUGAAGCUUGCAAAUUGAUUACUCAUGGAGCUGUCGAUCAGAUGCUGCUGCUGAUACUUCUAUUUUGUACAAAGGAGAGAUUUCCAUAUACAUUUCAAGAAUCGGGUAAGGUAAGC